UAAAGGUAUUGGCAACCUUAAUAACGGAGUACCAGAAAAAAACAGAAAACUGGACGAUGUACAGUGUAGGAACAGAAAUCAAGAAAACGGAAAUCUCAAUGUAUCCCCUAACGUAGUUAUCCAGAAUGGGGGCGAUCUUAACGGAUUCUUUAACAUAUUCAUCUAUUUUAACAUAAUGUUCCACAAUGGAAACUAUCCUGAUAACAAUUAUCCUAACGAGGCUAAUGCUAAUGGAGGACAUCUUAACGGACAAAAACCCAACAUUGCCAUUCCUAACGUGCUCCCCUACAAUGAAGACUAUCCUAAUGAGGAUUAUCCUGACGGAACUAGUAAUAAUGAAGAGCAUCUUAACGGACAAAAUUUCAAUACUGUAUCCCCUAACAUAGUUAUCCAGAAUGGGGUCGAUCUUAACGGGGUUAAUAGAAACGGCGAGAAUCUUAAUAAACAAAAUCCCAAUAUUACCCCUCCUAACGUGGUCUUCCAUAAUGGAAGCAAUUCUAAUAGAAGUUAUUCCAAAGAUAUAUAUCCUAUCGAGAUUUCUCCUAACAGAGACAAUCCUGAAAUAUCGAGUUUGAAUAAUUCGAAUAACGGGAUUGGACAAAAUUUGUUAAUAGAUACUUAUAUCCCUACUGAGCCAUUAACCAGUAAUCCUUUAGGAUUAAACGAUAACUUUACUACAGGCAAUAUGAACAUGACGAAACUAUCCGAAAAUGGGAACAAAACAGAAACAUCAUUUCAGUCCAAUCCUAGCGAUGUUAAUGAUGGUAUAUCGGGAAUAAACAAAACGCAGGAUCGCGAACAGUGUAGAGACGAUGAGUUCCGCUGUGGAAACAACGAAUGCGUACCGUCUAAUGUCAAAUGCGAUAAGAAAGCUGAUUGUAGCGACUCCAGCGAUGAGACAUUCUGCAUUAUGGAAAGAGAUCAAGAAAAUGGUUGCGCAUUACCUGAGCAGCCGACAGGUGGACGUUAUAAGUUGGAAGGAUGCGACGAGUUAUGCCGCAAACAGCCUGGCGAUAUAGUUUCGCAAUACAGUAUCCUGACUUAUACUUGUAAUAACGAUUACAUGUUGAAUGGUAACAAUACUAACAUUUGUGUCAACAACACGUGGUUUCAGCACCAAGUCUCAUGUCUCAAGAUCUGCCCAGAGCUGAAGAGUAAAACCGUCGACAUUUCCUGCAAUUAUCGAGAGGAAAAUGUGUCUUGUAACGAUCCUAUAUUGCCUGGAACACGAGCCACAUUGACCUGUAAACAAUUUCAUAUUCCGUUAUCCCCAUUUCUUAUUCCAUUAUCUUCAGUCAACAUACCAAGUUACAGGAUAAUAGAGUGUCUCGACAGCGGUGUGUGGAACCGCGCCAUGUUGCACUGUGAACCAAAAUGUGGCACAAUCUCCUACCGAACCAGACAUCCAAGGACUAUUAUUGUUGCCAACGGAUAUAGGAUCGUAUUGGGCUCGUUUGUAUCGUGGCACGUUGGUAUCUACGUAAAAGAUGGCGCCAACACGUACAAGAAUAUAUGCGGUGGCACUCUGAUAAGCAAGAAUCUCGUCGUCUCAGCUGCACAUUGUUUCUACGACGAGACUGAAAAUAAACCUUACAACGCGUCGAAUUACGCUGUGGCUGCUGGCAAAAAAUAUCGUUCUUGGGAUGCCCAGGAGGAGUAUAGCCAGAAAUCGUUGGUGGAGUAUGUAAAAUUGCGCUCCGACUACUUUGGGACGAGAGGUAAUCUUGCUGAGGAUAUAGCUCUGGUGAAACUGCAGACGCCUUUAAAUCUGAACACGCACGUCAAGCCCAUCUGUGUGGAUUGGCAAAAUAUGUACGACAAAGAGCAGCUGCGAGUGGGACAAUUAGGCAAGCUGGUCGGCUGGGGUAAAGAUACUACUGGCAAGCCCACAGAGGAAUUAUACGAAGUUACUAUGCCAUACGUGGCGCGUCAGAAAUGUCGGGAUAACGUACCUUUAGAAUUCCGCGGAUUGAUUACGUUCGAUAAGUUCUGCGCCGGCCGUAUGAAUGGUUCAAGCGCCUGCGAUGGAGACAGCGGUGGCGGCUUAUGUUUUGAGAAAAAUGGUAUUUGGUUUCUUCGUGGUAUCAUCAGCGUGUCUCCCCAGAAGGAUGAUCAUUGCGAUUACAACUCUUACGUUGCAUUUACCCGGAUUAGUGUUUAUCUUAAAUGGAUUCAUAAUUUUUACGUCAAAAUAUAAACAUCUACAGGGAAGUGGAUUGUACUAUGCACGACAUAUGUUGUCUACAUCAUCGAGCCGGCAAUGACACGAGACGAUUGAUACGAGACGAAUGGACGUGACGUAUAAACAAAGUAAUAAGAAUGACCUCCUAAAUAUUUAUGAUUAUCUUGAAUUUUGUAUUCCGCAUUUGCAAAUACUCCGUAGAGUAAAAUUAUCAAUAAUUCUGUGAAAAAAUAUUGAAUAAUAAAUAAAAUCUCAGAUUAAUAGCAUAAUGUAGAUAUAGAUGAAGUAGGUAAGGGUAGAUUAGUGUUACAUUAGGGCGCGAUUCUAUACUUUCUGAACAUAGUUUCGCUUGCAUCUUUUUUAGAAUCAUAUUUACUACAAAAUAUACGACAUGCCUCGCUUUUUUCCGUUUUCAUUCAAAAAACACUCGAUAAGUAGAAACACUUUUUCCUCGAUGCUUAGCGCGUUCAUCCUGACACUAGUAAACUGGCUUGUACAUACAACAGCUCAAAUGAAAUUGAUGAAUACUUGAGAUAAUCUCAGAUACCAGGUUCUAGUAAGUAAAAUGGCCAUUGAAAUCAAGAGGAGGAAAUAUAACCGUUUACUUUCAAGACAAGCCUCCUCCUAAUGAUCACCCUGUAUAUCAUAUGACGUCAAACCUGACACUUUUUGCGACCGGAUAAUAUUUCUCCCGUUGAGAAAUCAAUAUAACUGUGGCUUUUACUGUAGUUUAAUAUUUCGUAGUAGUUAUAUAUUUUCAAAGUCAGGCGCUAUCAAACGAAAAUAUAAAAUCAAGUUUUACACAUUUGUCGUUCGCUGCUGUCGUUCCUUCUCU